CUUCUCCAGAAAUACAUGUAUAUCUUAAAAAGACAAACUUUUUUUUCAGGUCCCUUUACAGAUGUAGUAACUACAAAUCUUAAACUACGAAAUCCAUCAGAUAGAAAAGUAUGCUUCAAAGUGAAGACCACAGCACCUCGUCGAUACUGCGUGAGGCCAAACAGUGGAAUUAUUGACCCAGGAUCAUCUGUAAUUGUUUCAGUAAUGCUGCAGCCUUUUGACUAUGACCCAAAUGAGAAGAGUAAACACAAGUUUAUGGUACAAACAACCUAUGCACCACCAAAUAUUACAGAUAUGGAGGCAGUGUGGAAAGAAGCGAAACCUGAUGAGUUAAUGGACUCCAAAUUGAGAUGUGUGUUUGAAAUGCCCAAUGAAAACGAUAAACUGAAUGAUAUAGAUGCAAGCAAAACCACCCCAGUACUGAACACAUCUAAGCAGGACGGACCGAUGCCAAAACCACAUAGUGUUUCACUUAAUGAUACUGAAACAAGGAAGCUCGUGGAGGAGUGCAAAAGACUUCAGGCAGAGAUUAUGAAGCUGACAGAUGAAAAUCGGCACCUGAGAGAUGAAGGCUUGAGGCUCAGAAAGGUAGCGCACUCGGAUAAAUCUGGAUCACCCACAGCUUUGGCCCUCAGAGAUAAUGGCUCUAAUUCUCUUCCUUCGCUUCUUGUUGUAAUUGCAGCCAUUUUCAUUGGAUUCUUUCUAGGGAAGUUCAUCUUGUAGAAAGAAUGAGUGAGAGAAGCAUGCAAAACUGCAGCUUCCUUUUUUUUUUUUUUUUUUUUUUUGUUCUGUUUUGUUUUCUCUUGGCCAGAAAAAGGUUUGUUUACCUACCACAUCAUGGGUAGUAUGGCCCGAGCAGCCGUUCUUGUGUACAGCAUCAUAACAGGCUUUGCCUUUAAUGAUCUCGCACGGUUAGAAAACACAAUCUGAAAAGACAAACUGUUCAGCUGCUGGACAAAAUUGUACAUUCAGUCAUCAAUAGCAGGUAUCAGUUGCACAGUCAGUCCUUUAUGAAAAUUCAUAAAUAAAGAAUUGUUCUUUCUUUCUGUGGUUUUAAUAAUUCGAAAAUUGUUCAGAGUCUUGUAAAUGUUAUUUUAAUAAUACUUUAAAAUUUUAUCUGUUGCUGUUACCUCUUGAAAAAUGAUUUAUUAGAUUGCUAAUCCCACUCAUUCAGGAAUAUGACAAGAGGUAUUCUGGGGGAAAUGGUGCCUCUUACUGUGUAAAUUUUCUCCUUACCUUACUUUGCUAAUAUCAUGGCAGAAUUUCUUUCUUAUUCCUUGUGAGGCAUUGUUGAGAGUUCUUCAUCCUUAACAGUCCUGUCCCAUAAUAUUUAACAUGACAAAAGAAAUAAAAUUGUUAACAGAUUUUUCUGCUGGGUAGCCUGUUUGUGUGUGUCGUGCUUUUAGAGGGGAUUCUUAACAAGUUCAUUGUUCAUGGUAAUUUGCUACUUGUAACAAAUGGCUAUUUUGAAGUUUAUUUGCUUAAGUCUCUGGCUUUGACUGUUGUAAUUGAGACUUGGGAAAAAAAAAAAAAAAGAAAAAAAAGAAAGGGUUCCAUUCCAUUUGUUUUAAAAAAUGAGCUGUUUUCUGGCUGCUUUCAGCUACAAAGAGGAUGGUUAUCAACCUUGUUUUUUGGGACAGAAUAAUAUAGAUAUCCAGCAGGUGCAAAUGCCAGACAUGAAUGUUUUCAAUAUAUUAACAAUUUGCUUGGAUUGUGCAGGAGUGUAAUAAUCAACCUUCUGUUCCAUCUUUGAAUCUUCUGGGUGUCUUCCAGGAGUCAAUAUUAUUCUUUGAUUUCUUAAGGGUACUUAAUUCACAUAUAUUAACUUACUCAGUUUAUAAUUCUGUUUUAGCAGAUAUUAAAAAAUGCAAGUUGAAUUAUUUGGACACCCGUAAUGAAUUCCGUGAUGCAGAAGAGUUGAUAUUUGCUGAGUUGCUCACCUUUUGCUCAGUUGCUCAUCUUUGGGAAAUAAAAAAAAUUAUUUUAUGCAGCUCUUGGCAGAUCUACCUGUUUUAACCAUGUAUAGCUAAGUUUUAAAAAAUGCAUUUUUGGGGUCUGAAAUGCUUCCCUGCACUUAAUCUUAUGUCUUGCCUCAUCUCUGAAUAUGUCAUAAAAACAAACAGUAGUAUUGAAACGAAAUAUUAUCUGUACUUCUGAGUAAGUGUAAUCCAAUACAGGGAAUUACUUGUAAAAUUGAAAAAAUGUGGAAGAGGUAUACUCCUGUAAGCAAAAUUGUGUAUGCUCUUGGACAGCUUGACUUGAUGUGGUGCAGCUAAGUGUGUUAGACCUUGGUAUAUGCACACCUUAUGUAGCUGAGGAAAAUGUUCUGGGAAAGAUGUACUUUUUUUGGUUGCCUUUGAUUUCUAGUGCUCUUUUUAAAAAAACAAAAAAAUGACAUCACAUUCUGUCAUAGCUCUCUGUGAUAAACUUUUUUUAUGAAAUCUUGCACAUAUACAAGGAAGAUGAUGGAGAAAAUGCAAAUACUGCUUAUCCUUUCACUUAAGCAUGCAAGCACUGAUGUUUUCAAUUGUUCCAGUGUCUGCAUUCAAGUCUCCUUCCAUCCCAGUGACUGGAAAAAACUGUGUUAAGGUUUUGAUUUUUUUGGUUCCACUGGUUCAGAAUGGUGUAUUUCUUCUGAUUUUUUUUCUCUAACAGAACAGUUCCACAUCAGACUUUCAUAGCCUGUUCCAAACUGAUUACGUGGAAAAUAACGAAAGCAAUAUUGUGCAGGAUGUAGUUUGCUUCAGACAGAGCAGUCAUUCCUGCAUUGAAGGGAGAAAAACCAGACAAAACCCUCUGGAACAUCUUAAAAUGUUUACAGCAUGGUGUAUGGAGGUUUUCAAAGGUGCUAGCACUUAGAGGACUUUAAACUAGAAGAACUAGUCAUUGCUCAAUGCAGCUGACUCAGGUUUUGAUAUCUGGCAGCAGAAAUAUGGUAAAAGUAAUGAUAAAAUCAGAAUGAAGUAAUUUUUCUUCAUAAAUAAGAAAACAAAUGAUGGUGAAACUUUGGUCAUGAUUUAAGUGAUGUUUUCAAGGUGAAAGUGUACAGCGCUCUUGUAACCAGAAUUCUCAGUAAUAUGCUCUAAGGAGACUGUCUUGGUUUCCCGUAAUCCCUUCAUAGCUGUAUAUAAAAUGUAAUGCUAAAACUAUUUUGCUCUCAGGAGUCACUUUGGAUGAGAUCAACUGUAUUCAAUGAAUUAUGUAACAUGGAUUAAAUUGUUUGUCUUUGUUCCUGAAAUGGUUAGAACUUCUUGCUUUGUCUGCCUGCUUACUCAUAUAUGUAAGCACAGGGAAAUGCAGUCUCUCCACCUGCUGCUGGUGAGAUGAGCAGACGGUGACGUCCAUAAAGUCCCGUGAGGCUAAAUGCGCAACUUCAGUCAAAUAUAUGUUGCAGGUUGCUCUUCUGAUUUCUCAAAAGGGCAAGAUGAUAUAAGUAUACAGUAUCAAAGUAGUUAUUUAAUUUUUUUAUGAAUAUAGCACUUUAAAAAAGAGUAGUAUGGUUCAGGGGGAAAAAAAUAAACCUAGUUACCUAGAAGAUAGAGCUUCUGUAGUAAUUCUGGGCACCAAAUUUAACCCACUUAAAAAUAUAUAUAUAUAUAUAUGCAUAUAAAGUUCAUUUAAGAAAAGGUUAUUUUUAUCAAUGCACAAGUCAUUUGUGCAUUUCUACUAAUUCUCUAAAAGCUGUUGACAAACACUGUUGCCCAGGCUUGCAUGUUUCUGCUGCUAUGUUUGAAGCCAACUUACUUAAAAGAAGCAACCAAACAUUAGCUUGGAACUUCAUUAUCCUCCUGGGAGGAGGGAGGGUGGAGGGAGGAAUUGAAAGGUGACAUUUUGCCAAAGGGGAAAAGACAAAGUCAAUAAGCAAAACUUAUCUUUCAGGCCUUCUUCAAAGUUAUUAAAGGUUGAAGUGUUAAUAAACUAUUAAAAAUCUA